CUUUUGAGGGGGCUUUACGGUUCCGUUUGAACACAACAGUACUCCGUAAAGGGAGAGUGAAAGAGAGGGAAGGGAACUGUUGAGCCAUAAAGGCUUUGGCUUUAGCAUGCGAGUCGGGGAUCAAUAAAAAGGAAGGGGAGAGCGUCCAAGAAAGGAAGAGAGAGCGAAUAAGAGAAUAAAGAAUGCAAGACCUGAAGAAGACGAAGCAGCAGCCGGUGGGCAACGAAGAUUCCAAGAAGAAGGAGCGCCACAUUGUUACGUGGACUCAAGAGGAGGAUGAUAUACUCCGGGAGCAAAUUGGCCUUCAUGGAACCGACAACAGUUGGGCGAUUAUUGCGUCCAAGUUCAAGGAUAAGACGACGAGACAGUGUAGAAGAAGGUGGUACACAUACUUGAAUUCUGAUUUCAAGAAAGGGGGGUGGUCGCCGGAGGAAGACAUGCUCUUGUGCGAGGCUCAGAAGAUAUUUGGUAACAGAUGGACAGAAAUAGCAAAAGUGGUUUCAGGCAGAACGGAUAACGCUGUAAAAAACCGUUUCUCCACCCUGUGCAAGAAGAGAGCAAAAUAUGAAGCCUUAGCAAAAGAGAAUGCCAGUUCAUACAUCAAUCCAAACAACAAAAGGGUUUUAUCCCAAAAUGGGUUCAAUUCAGAUGGAACUUCAGAAACUGCAGCACCUAUAAAGAAGAUGAGGAGGACCUACAUCUCUGAUCUCACAGGAAAUUACAACUUAAGAGACAGAUCACAUAAGCAAAGUGGAACGAUGAAUCAGCAGCUAAGAGCUCCUUUUGCUGUUUUAGUUCAGAACUUCCACAAUGUGAAUGAUUUGCCAGCACAACUUCAAGUCGACAACGCCAAGGAAAUCCUCAAGAAUGCAGCUCAGAAUGGCAAGAUUCAGGGAACAUUUCUAAAAAAAGAUGACCCAAAGAUAACUGCUUUGAUGCAACAAGCAGACUUGCUCAGUUCACUUGCAUUAAAAGUUAAUACAGAGAAUACAGACCAGAGUCUUGAAAAUGCCUGGAAGGUUCUUCAAGAGUUCUUGAACCGAAGCAAAGAAAGUGAUAUUCUCAGUUAUAGAAUCCCUGACAUUCAUGAUCUUCAACUUGAAGAUAUCAAGGACUUGGUAGAGGACUUACGGAGUAGUGACGAGGGAAGUCAAUUAUCAUGGAGGCAACCUGAUCUGUAUGAGGAGUCUCCUGGCAGCUCUGAAUACAGCACAGAAUCAACUUUCCUGGUGCAUACUGCUGGUAAUAAAACAGAACAAGCACAAGCUGAGAUAGGUUCACUGCAUCAAGAUAUCAGAACUGGGUCACAAUCAAUUCAUAUUGGAGAGCAAAAGGAAGUUGGUGAAUGUGAGAAAGGGGUGAUUUUUGGUGCAACCACAAAGCAAGGGAUAUUCAUGUCUUGUGAUGAACAACCAAACGAUGACGGAGUUGUUUCUGCCUCAUCAAGUACAGAGUUUGGUUCCCCUCUUCAAGUAACCCCAUUGUUCAGAUCAUUAGCAGCAGGAAUCCCCAGCCCAAAAUUCUCAGAAAGUGAAAGGAGCUUCCUACUAAAAACACUUGGAAUGGAGUCCCCUUCCCCCGACCCAAGUUCUAAUCCUUCACAACCACCAACCUGCAAAAGAGCCCUUCUCCACAGUCUAUAGCCAACCUUUCUGAUUUACCCUCACAAUAGAAAAUUUAUAUGCUCCAGAUCCAUUCUUGAGUUCUUGUCUUCUCGUUUGAAUUCAGUUUCUUAGGUUUGCAGCCAUUCCGGCCUGAAAUUUUACAUAGGCAUGUUGAGAUCUGCAUUCCAAGAGCCCCAGAUCUAGAAUGUUAUGGUGCAUUUUGCCAUUCUCCAACACAUCUAACGUGUUCUUCAUUUUUUCUUCCCUACCACAGUUACUACCUUGAUACUCACAUAAAAUCCAGUGUGCUCGGUGUGUCACUUUUUUGUUUUUCUUCUCGUGCUAUGUGGUUUUGGGUGUUCCAGUUUUUGGUCUUUAUUUAUGAUUUGUACAGAACCUGUUAUAUAGUCCCUAGUCAUUCAGAGUGUAAGUAUAUAUCGGCAGCUCGCCUAUAUCCCACCUAGGAUAUAUGAUGAAAGACAGAGUAAAGAGGCAAAAAAAAAAAAAAGAAGAAAGAAAGUAAAGGAGAAUUAACCAGUUGAAAUGGAUUCCCAUUUGUUGUUUUUGGGUGUGCAAAGGGUAUAGAAUAAGGCCUUAUUUUUUAUUUUUUUCCCCCUGAUUUCUGAUGUAAUGAAACUUAGUAUGAAUGGAUUGCAAGUGUAUUCUGGUUUUGGUGUGCA